AUGGCCAAACAGCAAAUGCCCAAUUGUGAAACACAGUCAGUGAAGGACUUUUGGUUGAUGGUGACGACACCAUUGGAGUCGGGGCCUAAUGUGACGAUCCCUCAAACAGGGAAUGACACAAGGAUGUCGGGCGUGAGGAGGCAAACCCAACCAAGGGGCAAACAACUUAUUUCCGAACCAGCAAAAGAAGUACAGGAAUCACUAACACCACCCAUUGAACACACGACGAAAGGUGCCGAACAAGAUCUGAAUUCUAAACCUACAAUAAAAAACGUUGACCCUAAAGUUAUCAACCUUUCUAACAGACCUUUAAGUGACUCGGAGGUACAUCUGUUAUCGAAAGGUUUUAAACUUACUCCUACGCCUCAUAGUAAUAGUCAAGAAUUAAGGACCGAUAUUAAAGAAUAUACAAGAAAAUUGAGGCUAGCGGAAUAUUUUAAUAAAGAAAACGAGAGUGAUUCAGAUUCAGAAGAGGAAGAAGACCUCGUACGCAACAAAUCUCACUUUAACCCUAAAAAAGGACGAAACGAAAUUCUAGAUGUUGUUUGUGAGACAUUAAAUACUUUGCCGCUGAAUAAAAACAAAGAAAACCAAAAAAUAAAAUGGAAUCUAACAAAAGAAGAGAAGAAUGCACUUCAAUCAUUGUCGAGUGAUGAAUCCAUUGUUAUAAAAGAAGCAGACAAAGGUGGCGCAAUUGUAAUCAUGGAUUCUAAUUUUUAUAAAGUUCAUAUAAUGAACAUGCUAUCGAAUACGGAGUACUACGAAGAAAUUCCAAACAACAAUGAUAAAAAAACAAUGCAAAAAAUUAAGAAUCUUUUGAAACGCCAUAAAACUACAUCAAGUUUAACAGAGAAAGAGGAAGACUUCUUAAUGGAUUAUGAAUACAGUGAAAGCAAUUUUUAUGGACUACCAAAGAUUCAUAAAUCUAGACAAAUAAAAGAGGCUAUCAAAUCCCAGUGCUCGGAAUACAUAAUCUGUCCCUAUCCAGAAGAUCUCACAUUUCGACCAAUAGUAGGUGGGCCAUCGGCACCAACACAGAGACUUAGUCAUCUACUAGACAUUCUUCUAAAACCAUUAUGUUCUGGAGUCAAAAGUUAUGUACGAGAUGACUUUGAUUUUCUACGUCAUUUACCCGAGAAAGUGGAAAAUAAUAGUAAACUCGUUACACUGGAUGUAAUAAACUUGUACAGCAAUAUAUCAAGUUCCCUAGGACUAGAAGCCGUGGAUUACUGGAUAAGUAAAAAUCCCGAAAAAAUUAGCGGCAGAUUUACAAAGGAUUUUAUAUCAGAAGCAACAGAAAUAGUACUAUCAAAUAAUACAUUCGCGUUUAAUGGAAAACAUUUUAAACAAAUAAAAGGAACGGCUAUGGGCACAAAGAUGGCCCCUACGUAUGCCACAUUAACAUUAGGAUACUUAGAAGAAAAAAUGUAUAAGAAAGUGGAAGAGCAGUUCAACGAAGAGAUGAAACUUUAUAUUACUAACAACUGGAAAAGAUAUCUGGACGACUGUUUUAUUGUUUGGAAAUACAGUAACAACGAAUUGUCUACCUUUAAAACAUUACUGAAUGAACUUAAUCCUGAUUUAAGAUUUACAGCGGAGGAAAGUACAGAUAGAAUUCCAUUUCUGGAUAUCAUGGUAAUUAAGGAAAACGAUGUCAUUUUAGCAGAUAUCUAUUACAAGCCAACAGACACGCAUCAGUAUCUUCAUUUUAAUUCGUGCCAUCCACGGCAUACGAAAAGAGCCAUCCCUUAUAAUUUAGCAAGGAGAAUAUGCACCAUCGUAAAUAAGGAAACAACCAAAAUACAAAGACUACAAGAACUGAAAGAGUAUCUACGGAAACAAAGUUAUCCCGAAAAAAUUAUUGAUAAUGCUAUUAAAAAGGCCAUGGAUUUAGACAGAGAGGACCUCCUCAACCCUGUGCAACAAAACAAGACGGAUUCCAGGAUCUUGCCUUUAGUAACGACCCAUAAUCCCCAGAAUACAAACGUUGCACCGAUUGUUUACCAACUCAACGACGUUUUGAAAACAGACGAAACUAUGUCUAAAAUAUUUAAACAUCGGAAAUUCAUAAACAGUAGGAGGCAGCCGAAGAACCUCAGACGAAUUCUCACAAAGUCUUCUUUUAAAGAAACGACAGAAUUUCAUGUGACCAAGUGCCAGGAUCCGCGUUGUGGUCUGUUAUCAGAUUUAACAGACAAUCAGCGUGUCGUUCUCUUCACCCUGUUUCUGUGUGGAGAAGAAAAUAUUGUCUAUCUGGAUGAUGAUAAGGACGUCUCUAUGGGAGACAUUGAUGUCCAAAAGACACUGGAAGAGCUGUACGACAGAGGACUCGUGGGAUGUGUCGGAAACAUUAAUAAUACAUUCAUACCUCAGUAUUUUAUCCCAGAUUACAAUCGAUGUGAGAUAGUGGAAUCUUACAGAAAGAACUGUUUGCUGAGUGACAUAGACAAGGACUUUUUCUUGGACAUGGUGUCAGACAUGACCUUAUAUGAUUAUGUGACAGAGUCCCAUAUCUUUAACCUUGAUGUUUCAAGUCCACAAAGCAAAAGACCUAUAACAAUAAUGAGAUUGAUGAUGGAGGGGAGGAUGGACAGAGUAAUAAAAUGUUUUGGAGAGAGCGUUGACAGAAUAGUUCCGAAUCAAUUCUACAAUGAUUCUGAAAAUUUUGUCCAAUUUUGGAAGAAUUACUGUACCCGGAGAAACAUACAUCCUACCGAUUGGUCUAAUGGAGUCCAUGAUACAGAUGUCAAGAGAUAUUACUCAUUAUAUACAAUCCUUUCUGGACACGAGGAAGAAUUCAUGCAAUUGGUUUUAAACAAGCCAAAAUGGAGCAUACUUGUACUUAUUUUGUUAUCAAAGAAGUACCGUAUUUUAUACGCAGAAAAAUUGUUGGAAGAGAAAGUCGAACGAAUACGGCAUACAUUUUUAACACUGAUUGAUUCUGAAGAUGGAAUGUCUGAUAUCACGUUACUUAUACAAGAAUUAAUUGACAAGGAUAAAAUACUAAAGAUGAAUAAAGAGAAGAAUACACUAGAGUUUAUAUCAGAGGAUGCACGUCAUCUUGUAAUAGGAUACUUUGUUCUGAACUGUUUAAACUCGGAUGAGGACUACAAGAACUACAUUAAAUUGUCAUCAUUUGACUCGGUGUUUGAUUAUGUGCGUAGUUUAGACUAUGAAUGUGAUGAAGUAGGAAUCGGAGAAAGAUGUAUCUACGUACCAAUUACGUCAGAGGAGACCUUGGUAAGAGAGACUGGAAUAGACAUCGUUCGACACUUCACAGUGAAGGACGUCAAGAUUCAAAAUUUGGUGACCAAUAUUUUAAAUAUUCCAGAGGAAAUUCUUAACUGGGACUACGAAGCAAGAUGUAGGUACGUAGAAUGUGCAAAGAAAGGAACACAAACGAUUCACAGGGCUCGUGUGAUGAUUGUUGGUUGUGCUGGUGCUGGGAAAACAACUCUUCUGAAACGACUACAGAAGCGAUCUCUCGAUGAAUUACAACAGCUUCAAAGUACAAUAGGCCUUGAAGUGCAUGAGGACAUCUUUGAAAUUUUUGAGGGAAGUGAAUUUUUAAAAGCUGUUACAGAGGAAACAGAUAAUAAGGAAGGGAAGCAACUUUUGAGUGUCAUGGACUUUGGAGGACAGUGUGCAUAUUACGCCUGUCAUCAGGUGUAUCUCAGCAGAAGGGCUUUCUAUCUACUAGUGAUAGAUAUGUCUAAGUCGUUUGGUGAAAAAGUCGAUCCAGCACUCUGUGAACAGGAAGGAACAAUGUUUGCUGACUGGACAUAUGGGGAAUACCUCCUGUUUUGGCUGAAGUCGGUUCACACCUAUUGUGACAGUGAUGCCUCUGUAAUCAUCAUUGGAACUCAUCUUGACAGAGUUAAAGAGCAGAAUUCUGACACUUUCUACAACAGUAUACUUGACCACCUGAAGUUAAACAAACAUUUGAGAACACACUUGGACAGGAAAAGAUGCUUUGUGCUUGGCUUUCAGACAGAUGGUGCAUGUUGCAAUGAUUCAUUAUCAGAACUAGAGAAAUGUAUUGUUACAAUUGCUAAAGAAGAUAAAUGGAAUGAAACCAUUCCUACAGACUGGGCUCUUUGUGAAAUUGUAUUCAGAGAGAGCAGAAGACGAAAAAUCAGAAUGACUUCUAUCGGAGAUCUAUCAUUUAAAUGUUUUGGUGGAAACAGAGAAAAAUAUAUCCAAAUAGGAGAUGUUUUAAAGUUUUACCAUGACAUAGGCGUCUUACUAUACUUUAAUGACAACAAUAUGUCUGAAACUGUCAUCAUUGAUAUCCAGUGGUUUAUUGAUUCAUUUAAGAAUAUUAUUACCGACCCAAACCACGUCAGGGAUAUUGCAGAAAAUUACAUGGAUUGGUCGAAUUUUUACGAAAGUGGACAUAUUUUAGAUAGACUUUUAACUGAUAUAUGGAGCACCAGGCAUUUUGAAGUAAAUUUUUGGGACAGAAAUCAAAACAAAACAAAUCUUCUUCAAUAUAUACAGCGUCUAUGUCUGAUCGCUGUAGGUACUUACGCACAUUAUAUUCCCUGUAUGAACAAGCGUGCGUUUGGAAUUAAAGAAGAAAAUUAUUGUCGAUCUCUUCAAAGUAAAACCUCCGUAUUGGUCUUUCGAUUUCAGUUUCUGCCAUGUUUUUUCUACUGCCGCCUUAUUGUUGCUUGUUUAACGAGGACCAAUGGAGAAUGGAUGGUGUUAGAAGACAAUGGACUUUGUUUGUACAAAAAUGUUGCCUGCUUUGCUUAUAGGCAACAUGUAGUCGCUCUAGCGGUAAACAAUUCAUCAAUUCAGCUUCAGAUUUUUCAGCCCACCAAUGUUCUUGUAAUGAAAGAAGUAGCUUUGAAAGUACGCAAUGCUGUUGAAAGCUUACUGAAAGACCUGCUUUGCAACUUCCACAAGACAAUUGAAAUGUUUACAGUUGGAUACCAAUGUUGUAAACAGGAAGUGUUUCGGGAACACGAUGAUUGUUUUCUUGAAGAGAAAGACAUUUACAGAAAAGGGAAGAUAACUUGUCCAAGGCAUGGAAUGAUCAAUCACCACGUAAUAUGUGAAUCGUUUCUUCUACUUUACUGGAAAGCGGAUGUUAUAGCGGAUAUUUCAGAAUUGGACGACCUCCUGGAUCAAGAUGAAUGUACCAGUCUCUCUGAAUCAGAAUUAAGGAAAACGAAUUUCAAGACUUUUGAGAAACUCACAAAGAUAGGAAGGGACGCUUUGCAGCUCUAUUUUGACCGAAUAUUUCCACCUAUAGACCUAGUUACAACACUUACUUUGAACAAGGAAAGUCUGCAACGUGGACAAUUUAAAAUGAAUCAAGAUCAGUGUAGUUUUUUGUCCACGUUGCAGACUUUCCUUGAAAAAUGA